UUUUUUGGACAAUGCAGACGCCGAUUGCACGACAGGGUCUUUCCAGGGACCGUCUUUCGUGUCGCCCAUCUUUUAUGACGCGGUGUACAGUGUAUGCGGGAUAUUUCUGAAAUUUAUGAUAAACGAAUAAAAUUCUUUAGCCAGCUUUUUAAAUCAUUUCUUUUUCAAUUUCAUGAGAUGUCACAUAAUUUUAUAAACAAAAAUUUUGUUUACUUUAACGGACGAAUGAAAUAUGUUUGCAGGUUAUUUGAUAUGCGUUUCACAUGACACAUAGUACAUGGGCGACACGGAAGACUGUUCUUGCAAAGACCCUCUCGUGCAAUCGGCCCCAUGGUCAUCACCACUUUAGUGGUCAUGUCGUGUGGCGUAGUAAUAUAUCGCAUUAAUCAACAGUGAGACUGCUCUGUACAGAUUUUUUUCCUUUUUAAAGAAGGAGUGGCUGAUUAGGCCUAUACAUCUCCUUGAUAAAAUGUUGAUCCUUUCAACUCUUAAUGCUGUAUCACUUUGCCUUUACUAAUCCCAUUGAGGUGAAUGCUAAUACACUUCGUCAUUGUCCUACAACAUACUUUCAACGGAAAGAUAUCUAUUAUUUAGACUAUAUUAUUUUCUGGCGAAUACAUUUUGUACUGAUCGGUAAAUGCGUCGCUGCACAGCAUUUAUUUCGACACGCAUUGACUCAUUGAACCCAUUCAAUAAAACUCCAAGUAAGCACCACACCCUUGUCACAAGUCAAGAAUACAGCCUAGGCUACAGGUCCAGACAGAUUUCGUCUUUAGGUUUGCAGAGUAAAACCAGUCUAUUAAGAUGGCGUCUUCUCUUUAUACAGCCGAAGAAAUUGAAAUUUGCAGGGGGAUAUUCUUAUCAUUUGACAGUGAUCAAAACGGCUCUAUCCAUAGCAAAGAGCUGUUUGCUGCGCUGGAACAAUGUGGAUGUGGAUUAACUGAGGAGGAAAUUAAAGUUUACGUAGCAAAAGCCGAUACGACCAACGACGGAAAAAUUGAUUUUGAAGAAUUUUUGAUGAUGAUACCACAAGCGGAAUCCACAUACAGUGAAGAGGAUAUUCGAGGAUGUUUCAAAACACUUGACAAAGAUGACAACGGUUGUAUCAGUGCUAAGGAGUUGCGAGAGGCUUUGGGCGAGGCUUGUAUCAACAUGUCUAAAGAGAAAGCUGAUCAAUUGAUCAAGGAAUGUGACAAGAAUGGUGACGGUUUGGUCAACUAUGAAGAAUUCGUCCAGAUGUUGGUGAAUGUUCUACUUUCCACUUCAUAAAGACGAUGAACGGCCCAAGCCUGCUUUCCAACACUAAAACACCAGAGUCAGAAUGACUAUAUCAUCAGCUGCGGAUGCAAAUGAUAUAUCAACAAAAUCUUACUAUAUAGUAAGAUUAUGUUCGAUAUAUCAUUUGCAUCCGCAUCUGAUGCAUUUACUACAUUGUUAUGGUUUCAAAGUAAUUAAAAAAACAAUAGUUUAAUUAUAAUCUUGGGUAAAUCCUUUGAUUUUUGUGUAGUAUUCCUGAAGGGAGAAUUAUAUCCAUUAUCGGUCAUAUCUCUUAGUUCUUAGAACUUCCGAUUAUAUUCAGUUAGAAUUAAUCUAAUUUUUAAGUACAAAAUUGCUCUACUCUAGAUGUUCAUUGUACUAUAUCUGGCUAAUAAAACUUUAUAAUUUCUACAACCCUGUUUUUUUUUUAAAUAAAUAUUUGUCAAUUCUUUUUAUCUCCAUUGUGAAUGACCUCUAACCUUAAAUACACAAUAGUAAAAGUUUGGCGUGGAGAGUGCACAGUAAAAACGCUGUUUAAGAUUUUAUACAACGCUGUUUACUAUAUGAACCUUACAGUAUUUGUUUAACAAAUUUAUUUUCUUCGCUUGUAAAGUAAUGUAAGGUUUAUUCACAUUCUUUUUUUUUUCAUGAUCUAAGCCUCGUUCUUCAAAUCAAAGGAGGAAAACGCAAGAUGGGGUCGGCUUGUUUUCUCCUUGUGUUACAGGAUCAUGUUUAAUUUAUUGAAAAUUAGAUAUUGAAAAUUAAACUUUGUUGCUUAAGAUUUAAACAGUUGUUUACAGUUGUUUAAACUGUUUAAACAAUUGCUGUAAGGUUCAUAUAUUAAACAGCGUUGUAUAAUUUUUUUUGCUGUGUGUGGGAAGGAGGGGGGAUGGGCGAUGCAAUGCUGUCUUUUUUCAAAAUAUUACCCACUUAUUAGUUAUAAAAUAGGUUUAUGUAUAGCGGUGCUAAACUUUGUACACAUUUGAGCAGGCUGAAUUGCAUGGACAUAUAAUAUACAUGGCAUGAGUCCACGUUGCAGAGAAACCAUGGAGGCAGCAAUUCAAAAACUUCACCAAGAAUGAUUACCGUUUUGAAAUUGAUUUGGUGCGAAUUCAAUACUAUAGCACUAAAUAAAACGUUGAUACGCGCGAAUGGGUGAUAGACACGUAUUAUCCCUGUGGGCCUCACACAUAUUUUAUUUCAUAGUUUAGCUACAAAUAUAUAUCAUUUCUUUAUUACAUUAAUGUGAAGCAUCAUUAUAAACUUUAUGGAGCAUGCCUCUAUUUAAAAUCUUCACUAACUUCACAAUAAAAGAACGAGAUUCUUCAUAA